AUGUCUAACAAAAUUCCAUCAGAACAGGAUUAUUAUAUCGAUUUUCCGAUAAUAAAUUAUGUUUAUGCUGAUGUAGAAACAUGGAAACAAAUACAACGUGAACGACGUUUAUUUUAUAGAAAAUGUAAUGAUCUACAUAGUUUACUUACAUUACAACGACUUAUGACAAAUCACUUUCUCAAUCUUCUUCAGUCACUUAUUCACGAUCCUAACUUCUUGCAAUCAAGUGGUCGAGAUGCUUUCCUUGAGUUAUUUCGUUAUUCUUUAAUCAUUGUUGCACAGCCAUCUGGUACUGAUUGUAUAGCAGUAACGAAAUAUGAGAAAGUUGGCAAAGAUUUCUUAGCAAAAAUAAAGACACGAAUUAUUUGUCUACUAAAUCUAAAUGAAAUCGGAAAAUAUUUGCAAUACUCAAAUAUUGAUGUUAUACUUUAUCCAAAGGAUCGUAAUUGUGAUCCUAAUGGUGAUGUACAAUCAUCACUUCAAUGGAAAAGACGAACAAUCAUUAGUAGUGAACAAGAAGAACAAAUAUUUUUCUAUGUUGAACUAAAUGAAAAUGAUUCUAUCAAAUUAACAAAAAAGAAUUCUAAAAAUAAACUUUUGUACAAUCAUGGAUUAUGUCAAUUGGAAUUUCGAACAAAAUUUAAAAUAACUGGAUAUGAUAUAGAAGAAACUAUAAUAUUAAAUUCACAAUUAUUUGGACUAUGUUCACAUGCAAAAUAUUAUUCAACAUUGUUGGCUAAAGUUUUUAUCGAUGAAAUUAACCAAGACCAUCGGAAUAUUGCUCUCGAAACUCAUAUCAAUACUUUGAUAGGAUACAUUUGUAAGUUUCAUAAACGUCUUUCAAAUGUUGAAAUAAAGUCUCAUACUCAACAAUUUAUUGAAGAAGAAUUACAAGAAGUUUUUAAUAGAUUUCUUAAAUCUGCAAAUUCAAUAAAUGCACCUGUAAUGAUUUUUUCCUUAGAAAUUUAUCAAAAUAUUUUAGAAAAAUUAUUUACUCAAAUAAAAUUUUUAAAUAAUUAUUCUUUUCUUUCAAUGAUGUAUUAUGAUAGUCUAUUUCAUGGUAUAUGUAGCGAUAGAAUUGAUAAGAAAUUGAAUGAUGUUAUUCAACAAAUACCUCAAAUGAUAAUGCGAUUUGAACAAUUUAAAAGCCAAAAAACAGAAUAUCCAAAUAUUAUUUUUGCUUUUUAUGAUGGUACAUUACGAAAAGCACGUACUACUCAUGAAUAUUUUAUUGAAGAUAUAUGUAGAUGUCUUUGUAAAGCAAUAAACAAUGAUAAAAAUCAAUUACAAGUAUUUAAUGAAAAUAGAAUGAUUCCUUUUUAUUAUUUUCAUUGGUAUCAUGAUAAUGAUUUAAAUCGUGAUAAUUUAAUUCAAACUGAUGAUGAAACAAUUUUUUAUCCAUUACAAACUCUUCUUCAAAGUACAAUAUAA